GCCUCAUUGGAAGUCCAUUCUUUUCCACAUGUCAUUUUGACGAGCUCUUACUCUUUUUUCGAAGCCCAUCCGGCGAUGGCCGACCUUUGCAUCCACCGGAGGGACGACGGAAGCUUGGUGCGGACAAAAGCGCAUUCCAAGUUUUGGUCCGUCGGGUGCUCCGAGACCUGUUCCUGACUUACAAGUAGUGGCGCAACGGUGCAGGCCCACCACUGCCGCGGUACCUCGGAGUCCAUGUGCAUGUCGUCAGAGCCACCAAUUCUCUCUCAAUUUACUGAUGCAUUAUCCCUCUUUGCGCUGUCUUGAUUCCUCUCCAAACUGUCGCUCGUAGGAACUCUGCAAUCUGCCUUGAGGCGGCGUGUCCCAUCCAGAAUGACCUGGCUCCACCAACUCAACCCAACACCUGCGUUUCCGCCAUACACGGGCCGUUAUAAAGUAGGAACUGUGGAUGUGGAGAUACCAGUAGCGGAACUAGACUCGCCGUCGCCUGCGCCCUCGUCUGCUUCGGAUCUCUCCACAGUCGCCUUCCGCAUUUUCUACCCUUGUCACCCGGAUUCGCAGCAGAGAAAUGUACGGUGGAUACCCAGUCCGCAGAGGGAGUAUGUUGGAGCAUAUGCGAGGUUUCUAGGCGCGAAUGGCGCUUUCUCCCAAUUCUUCUCGCUGAUCCCCCAGAUUCUGUACUAUGUUUCCAUACCCGCACACCAGAACGCCCAUGUCCUCGAACCCCAGACAAGUAACCGGAGAUGGCCGGUUAUGAUAUUCUCGCAUGGCCUUGGAGGGUCUCGGAACGCAUACUCGCACAUCGUUGGAUCGCUGGCUAGCCAUGGCAUGGUCGUCAUAGCACCGGACCACCGAGACGGCAGCUCGCCGAUUUCCUUUGUGCAUACACCUGGCGAGAAAGAGGAGCUGAAGCGGGUGGAGUACAAGAAGAUAGCGCACAAAGCCUCUACCGAGGUUUACGAGAGUAGGGACGAACAACUGAGGAUUCGGCUGUGGGAAUUGGGACUGAUCCAUGACGCACUCUUGAAGAUUGACGAACGGGUGGCGUUGAGCAAUGUGGCCGAAGACCAUAAGAAACAUGGCGGACUGACAAUGUUCGCGCACAAACUCAAUGUGCACGAACCGGGCUCGAUAUCCUUCGCGGGCCACUCCUUCGGUGCCGCCUCAAUGGUUCAGUUCAUCAAAUCGAUCUACUACCGCCCUGACUCCCAGGAACCCGGUUAUAAGCCACUCUUCACGCCCUCCAGCUCAUCCCCCCUCGUACGACAAGUAACUCCCACCACUCCAGUCAUCCUCCUCGACCUCUGGACCCUCCCCAUCCAAAGCCCCGCAACAGCCUGGCUGCGAAACCAUCCCAUGCCCUGCUACGACUCGCCCACCACCGGAGGAAGCAACCUCCUCUCCAUCCUCAGCGACGCCUUCUUCAAGUGGAAAGCAAACCUCGAGGAAACGAAACACAUCGUCGCCAAACCGGCCGGAGCCGACCCCAACCAGCCCGGCCCGCACCUCUUCUACCCCAUCGCCUCGGCGCACCUGUCGCAGUCGGAUUUCGGCGUCCUGUUCCCUUGGCUGACCACCAAAGUGUUUGGCGCCAAGGAGCCCGAACGGGUGCUGAAGCUGAAUGUGCGUGCGAUCCUGCAGGUGCUGAGGAAUGGAGGGGUCGAGGUGGCGGAUACGAGUAUUCGGGAUAUGGAGCUGGAUGAGGAGGAUGCGGCGUCGCGGAAAGUGCUUCAUGAUGAACGCAUCCUGAGUAGGAAGAAGGAUAGUGUAAGGGGGUGGGUGUCUCUGACGACAGAGCCGGAGCCGGAGCCGGAGGCGGAUCUGACGAGGGAGAAGGGACCUGUGGAUGCGGUGGUCGAAGGAGAGGUGUUGGGGGAGACAGUGCAGGAGUCGCAGAGGUGAGGGGUGGUUUAAAUGAGUGGGGUCUUCUUGAGAGAGCCAUGUUUGGCUAUGGCUAUUUCCUGUACUGUGUAUUAUAAGCGUUAGAGGUCUUGAAUGACGCGAUAUCACUCUCUAAGAUGCAGCUGGACAAGAUUUGCGUUUUGAAAUAUGCUUCGCCU